GUAAAAUUCCAAAAUGGCUUCGGAAAUGCUGACUUCGUGAAACUUUUAGUUGUUUGGUUAACUUUGUUCGAAUAGUCGAUCAUGAGUACACAAGAAACAGGUGGAGGCCUUUCAAAGUGGCAGAUCGCGGCCCUUAUCGGUGCGCCCAUUGCCGCAGCGUGCGUUUUAGGUGCCCUAUACUAUUGGAGGUCCUCACAAAGCUCAGAGGAAAAAGAUCCGGAAAAAGGAGAAGAAGUUGACACAGCCACAAGUACAAGCGGUGUACCUAAAAAUGAAGCUCCUGAGAGCGAGGAAAAUAUGGUGUGUGUGAGAAAAUAAUUAGUCAAAAAAUCCUUGCUUCAGCUCACCACCCCUUAAGUGGACUCUGUCUUGGGCAAGAUACUGCUUCACCCCUCCCUCUCUUAACCCUUUAGCUCCCAGAGAUGAUGAACUUGUAACUUUUCUCAACGAUAUCCAUUCUUUAUCCAGCAAAAGGGUAACGAGAAUAUCAAAACUUAUCAGGUGGAAGUUGUUAUCUUGAUAAAACACGAAAUUGUUAAAACAAAUUUACAUAUAUUCUCUUACUAAUUUACAAGGAAAUUAUAGCAGCUAGAGGGGAGAGUUAAAAAUCAGAUUGUGGGAUUCAAGGGGUUAAAAUUGGAUGUUUUGCAAUCAUUAGAAUAGAUCCUUUUGAUCAUCCUUCCUAAUGGAUUCAAAUAAGUAAUGUUUGACUCAUCGAUAGUUACUCCCAAUCUGUUUUCCUAUGUGUCUAUUUAACCCCUUAACGGUAAAAUUUCCACACAGCCCCAUACUAUUGUUAAACAAAUGUGUUUUCCCAAUGGCAAUGUAUUGUUUUUUUCAUUGUUUUCUCUAUCCAAGAACUGAAUGCAUAAUUUAGUAUGGAGCUUAGCGGAAAUUUUAUCCCCCUUAACUCCCAAGAUCUGAUUCUUAAACCUCCCCUCUAGCUGCUAUACAUUUUCUUGUAAAUUAGUGGUGAGAAUUUUGUGUGAGAUCAAGACAACUUCUACCUGAUAAUUUUGAUUAUUCUUAUUGCCUGUUUACUAGAUGAUUUAUGGAUAUUACAGGGAUAUGUAACAUGUUCAUUGCCUCUGCCGGGGAGUUACAGGUUUAAGUUAUUUUAUAGACAAUACCAACUUACCUAAACUUCAGGCCUUAGUAGUUGUUGAAUGACAAGCAGAUGUUGCUAUGUACAAGUCACGAAGCAUUCAGAGGUGUGGCAAGGGUGAAGCAAUCAUGUAUCUGAGAAGGCACAUAUGCAUCCUAAGAUUUUAAAAUUUAUGUCUUAUGUAUGGGCAAAAAGUGUCUUCAUUUAUCCAAAUGAGUGGUGUGAAGGAGUAAUGGAAACAGAAUGAAAACUGAAAGCUUUAAUUAUGUGGUAUCUGUAGUUUCCUAUUAGAAGGGGAGGCAUCUUGCCCUUUCCUCAUAGAAUUUAUUGUCAACCAGUUUUUCCUAAAUGUUGCUUUAAACCCAUGAUCCGUUCCCACGGUGAACAAUACAUGAUCUCAAAGUGGUCCUCCCUAAGCCUUUUUUUUGAAAGGAAGGUUCUGCUAAGAUAAACAGCAGAGGGAACAUUGUUUUGUGUAAUAAAUCAACAAUUGAAGCAUAAAAAUAGCAAUGUUUUCUACUCCUACAGUCUCCAGCAGAAAGAGCUCAGGCUAUCAAACUGAGAGGUAACAAGUACUUUAAAGGUGGAAAAUUUGAGCAGGCAAUUAAAUGUUAUACAGAGGCAAUUGAUCUGUGUCCUCAAGACAGCAAGACUGAGCUGGCAACUUACUACCAGAACAGAGCAGCAGCAUAUGAACAACAGGUAACAGAGCUUUGCCUUUUGUCCCAAGUAUUUCAACCAAUGGCUCCAAGGCUUAAUGACAUUAUUCACUCAAAAUUCUCAAAUGUGGUCAUAGUUUUGAUUAAUUGGUAGCAGGAGUUUGUGUUACAUCCAAUUCUGUCUGUAAUCAUACUCAUGAUUGACAAAUUGGACUCAUGCCAGUUAUCUGAUUUUGUUAAUCACUCAUAUGAGUACAGACCAAAUUACACUCCACUCAAUCCUUAAUUGAUUUCAUCUGGUUGAGCUGCAACUGUCCCUGUUUUGUAAUGACAAUAGUUAUGUUUUACAUUUUAUAACAGAAAAACUAUGAACAAGUACUUGCAGAUGCUACCAAAGGUAAGAGCUAAGUGUGAAACAAAAUGUGUAAAUCAUUGAAUUCUAGUUGAAAUUGGCACCUACACUACUUUGGACCCCACCUCUUUAGAAAUCUGCAACAGAAUCUUAAACUUUUACACCCAAACAUCAUUCUUCAUAUUCUCUGCACUGAUCUUUGUACAUUUCCCAUAGCAAUGACAAAGAGAAUUUGUUUUAUAAUCAGGAGUUUCUUUCAAUUAGUGAUAAUUUCUGUUGUUCUCAUGACCUUAACAUUUGAUUCAAGGGUGAUUCUGUAAGGAGAAAUUAGAAGGCGGCUCUCUUUAGGGUUCAAGGGUUAACUUAUAUGUCUAUUUAUAAGUCCAUGCAGGCGACUUUGAUAUUUCUUGUUUAACCCUUUAACUCCCAGAAGUGAUUAACAUAAAACUUCUCCCUACAAUAUCCAUACAUCCUUCAGCAAACAGGUAAUGAAAAUAUUCAAACUUAUCAGGUAGAAGCUGCUAUCUUGAUCCAGCACCAAGUUCUUAUAACUAAUUUACAAGUUAAAGGGUUACUAUGCUAUUUCAGUUUUCAAGCUGGUUUAAAAAUCUGCAAACUAUGCUGUCAUGUAUUUCUUAAUUCUCUAGCCAUAGAACUCAAUAAGAAGUAUUCCAAAGCAUUCAUGAAGAGAGCAAGAGCGUAUGAAAAACUGGACAGAAAGGAGGAGUGUCUUCAAGGUUUGUCCUUGAUUUUAAUGUCUUGAAUGUAACCCCAUAUGAACUCACAUAGUGUAAUGGUGCUUUAAACAACACAGCCUAGAAGUAGAGCUUCUGGAAUCUGAAGAUAUGGGGUUUGAUACAUAGUGAAGGAUUUUUUUUUUCUAUGUCCCACAGUGUUUAUUUUCUACUGAGCCAAAGAAAAUGAUAAUCUUUCUGAUCCUGUCUGGCAGAUCUUACAGCAGUGUGCAUGAUUGAAGGGUUUAAUAAUCCAAACUGGAUGAUGCAGGCAGAUAGAGUGUUGAAAGAAAUUGGUAAAGAGAAAGCUCAAGAGUAUUACAAGGUAGGAGUUAUUAUUAUUUUUUUUGAGUCAAUUUCAUUGCUGGUUGGUUUGUGAUGCAAAAUUUAUAUGUUGUGUCUACAUUUCUUAGUGAUUAUGGAUGAAUGAAUUGCCAUGGUUGAAUUCUUUCUCUUUGCAGAACAGAGAACUAAGUUUGCCAUCUUCAACAUACACUAAAGCUUACCUGGAAUCUUUCUGCAAUGGUGAGUUUCUGACAAAGUGUUGCAGCAAAUUAGGAAUAUAUAACCUUGAUGGAAAGAUAAGUUAAUAAUCUACAGAAGUUUAAGCUCUGCUACUAAAUAUGAACAAUGGAGUUUAAGUCUGUACUGAACUUGGACAAUAUCUCCCUUACUGCAUUACAUUUUGUAAUUUAAUUUUCUUUCAGAUGACACAGUGGUUGUUGAUUCUCUGGAAGAUGUACCUGAGGACUCACCAUUUCUUGAGGCUGUUAAACAAAUGAAAGAAAAGAAAUAUGAAAAUAUUGUUGACUUAUGUACUCAGCAAAUCGAGAAAGGUAAUGUUGAUGAAAACAACUCUUACCAUUACACCAUGAAAAUGUCCACUUCUUAAGUUUGUCAUGACCCUUCACCAUCAUGGCAUUUUCAGUUCUCAAUCAGUUCUCAGUUAAAUCAUUAACAUUUGUUGCAAAACUACACUUUCCUUAAAUUGUGGCUAUGGAAAUAGUUGUAAGAGAAGUUUUCAAAUAUUGAGUGUUGUAAAACCCUAGUUAGCUCAGGGACCAAUCUGAAAAAAAGGUUCACAUUAUCAUUAGCCAGUGAAAACUCAAAAGGAAAACUAGGAAACUACUUGGAAAAAUGGGAAAAUGGGAAUUUCCAAGUGACAUUUGUGGUUAGUUUUGCAUCUGAUUGGUUGAGAGGAUGGUGCAUGUUUUUUGGACCAAUCGCAGAGCAAAGUUAUGUGAAAUCUUAAUUUGGAAUAAUUUGAAACUCGAUUGAAAAUUGUUCCAUUGGUUUAUUUCAAGUUAUCCAAGGAUAAAUCAAUAUACACGCCUCCAUACAGCUUUAUUUUUAAAUGUUAUUCUUACUUUUUUUCCAAUGGCUUCUUUCUUUCAUUUAGGAAUUGGACCACUUUAUAUAAAGGCUUUGGCGCUAAGAGGAACUUUGUACACCCUGAUAUCAAAAGUAGAUGAAGCAAUCCAUGACUUGUCACAAGUGAUAAAUGCAGAUGACAAAACUAUCUCAACUAAGGUAGAUUUCCAACCCUGAUAGGUCUCUAGUUACACUUUUUUUGGUAAUGAAGUCAUCUCUUUAAACGUGCCACCUCGAGAUAUCUUCUCAUAUGCCCUAUGCAGCACUCCAGGCCCAACCCCUAGCUAGGGUCAUUAGGUUAUUUUGUCAGAGGAUACACUUCACUCUCAUUCUGUUCUAUGUAAAUUUCUUAAGGUGCUGACAAGGAGAAUUUGCUUAAUAAUCAAGAGGUGCUUUAGUUUUCGAUCAUUUGCUCUAUUCUUGGGACUUUCGUGUUUGAUUCAGGGCUGUUAGUGUACAGAGAAAUUAGAUGCUAGUCAAAAGGUUAAAACUUUGGUUAGGAGACACCUUCCAUUUAUUCGUUUAUUCACUUAUUUAAUAAAAAAAAAUCUGUGCUGAUAUCCAUCUGUCUUUCAUAGCGUGCUUAAUCUUUGGUUGUUUUUUUGUGUCUCGUUCCUUGACUCUUAUCUUGUUCAUGAACUUACAUAAACAGUUUUCGCGAAGAUACAUCCAUCCGGACUCCAGGCUCAGUCAACAAAGCUUAUUGAUAACUUUUAUUUUAUUUUAUUUCAGCUAAAAGUUAAUUGUCUGAUCAAGAGGGGAAGCAUGCAGCUACAAGCCAGUAAUGUAAUGGAAUGUUACCAAGAUUUUACCAGGGCAGUAUCAAUUGAUCCAGAUAAUUCCGAUAUUUAUCAUCAUAGAGGCCAGGUGAGUAAUGAUCGAGUGCUAAAGUUAAAGAUUCAGGAGAGAGUGCGCAGAUUAGACCUUCAUUUUACCUUCUCUGGACAGUUUUCAUCUGUGUGUGAUCCAAACAAAGAUAAAUGAACGAUAGCCUUCAUUUGGCGUGAAAAUAUGCUCGAAUAUUUUACUGCGGACAUUAUCCGUUUCGAGAUGCGAAAAGUUUUCCGUACAUUUAUCGUAUUGGACAUAAAGUUUAAAUGUUUAAAGAACUAUAACUCCCGAUGCAACUUUGUCCAUCUUCUUUCUUAUGUGACGGCGAAUCUUACAGUACGCAUACACGUUUUGCAAAAUCGACCAGUCUGUCAGCGAACCAAGAUUCUUUCCUUAAAGUAACUGAGGCUGAAUGAAUUUGAAGUAAAUCUCAACUUUGUGGAAAGGAAAUUCCAUGUGUUUCUGCUUUGCAGUGUUAGUGGCUUGCUAACUUGCUUCGUGUACUGUUGGAUUAAUUUCGACAUACAGUUGAAAGUAGGAAAUGAAACAGGCGUAAUUUUGGCGAGCGAGUGUUCAGUCUUUUCUUAUUUGUAGCGGCUAUCUUUGAUUUUUACGACAGCGAAAGACUGGAGAUAGAAAAAUUUCUGCACUAAGGGGGUGUGCGAUGGUCAAAAGGAAAGAGAAGGGAGGGGGUAGAUAAAUAGAAAACUCGUCUCUCCCCUUUCUCUCCUCCCCCACCGUCCACCCAAACUCUAAAUCAAACAUGACCAGUCGAGUAAACGAUCGCGAGCUAGUGACGUCUCGCCCUAAUACGACUUUUGCACUGUAGGCUGAGGUGAAAGUACCUUCUUAAAAACGAUUUAUAUCGGUGUCUUGACGUUUUUUCUUUCUUCUUCAUUCUAGAUCUACUUCCUAUCAGAGAAACUAGACGAAGCAAAGGAAGAUUUUGAGAAGUGCAUAUCCUUAAACGACUCCUUCAUCCCGGCAAAGAUACAGCUCGCUUACUGUAUUUACAAGUCCGCUGCUCUCCAGCAAUCUCCUAUCUUAGCGCACGGAGCUCUGGAUAUGUUGCAGAAAACUGUGGAGACUUAUCCAGAAUCAGCGGAUGCGCACAGUCUCUAUGCGCAGGUUUGUCGGAAAUUUAAAGCUGAAGAGAUUCUCAUCCAUGGCGCCUCAAAUCUGUCAGAUCUAAAGGGUCGGUCAUUAUUUUUCGCCUCCGGGUGUGGAAGCGGGGGAAGGAGAGGUGAAAGAAUUUUGGUACUGACACGAUGAAAUUUACCUGAUCCCCCCACAAAGCUCUGCGGAGGGACCCCCCCUUAUUGGCAGUUAAUUGGCAAUCAACUUUAAUACUCUGUUAGCGACUGAUCCUUCUUUGUUCUCAUGGAAACCAUGUAAUUGACUAAGCGAAUUGAGUAAAAUGUUGAUAACCUCUUCCUUAGACGCUAACGGUCACCUUAAAUACUCGCAUAAACUUACCCCUCUACUUUUGCGAUAGAACAAUACUAAUUUUCUCUGUAAGUAGAUCAGAAUGUCGCUGAACUUCUUCAUUGCAUAACUCAUUUAUAAGGCUUUCCUUCUCGCAGGUACUUCAAGACAUGCAGCAGUUUCCCAAAGCAGAGGAACACUUUGAUACUGCCAUUGAGCUAGAGCCACAAAAUCCAGUUCACCGCGUUUACAAAGGGUCAGUAUCUAGUCGGUCUUCCACAUUAUACUUGGACCACAAUUAUGAUAGGACCUAAAAAGCUUGAUAUCUGUUUAACCCCUAAGAGUGACUAGCAUCUAAUUUCUCCUUAUAAUAUCAUCCCUGAAUCAUGCAGUAAGGUCAAGAGAAUAAAGCAAAUUAUCAGCAGCUAUAGAAGUUGUUGAUUGUCAUACAAAUUCUCCUUGUCAAUACCUAAGGUAAUAUAUGGAGAACAGUAUGGAGAAUACCUUUACUGAUAUUAGGGUGUAAAGGGUUAACAAAUUGAUCCCAUGUUGCCGUGCGUGUGUUCAGUAAAAGAUCACACUGAGAUGACAUCAAAAUUUGGUAAGACCAAACAAGUGUUAUACGAGGCGCAGUGGGGUGUAUCACUGAUGUUCUUACCGCGUUUUGAAGCCUUCUGUAAUCUAGUACUCAACAGACCCACGAAUCACGACCGACUCACGCCACUUGAGUCAUACUGCUUAAAUGACCAAUCCGUUACACGAACCGGACUUGGUACAUUCGAAAGACAACAACUACUCACUCGACUCUGAUGAUGACUUCCGCUCAGGUUGUCGAAACCUCAGCCACUACUAACGACACCAGUCCUUCACAGGAGUACACUAACCCGGACAAACACACUACACUAUCGCAAAAAAUAAAAUGAAGUUAAUGAAGACGUCAUUUAUGCGUCUGUCUUCCAAUAGAUCACACGUGGGAACCAAUCAAAAUGCGAGAAAAAGUUCAGCUUAUCUUAUAAUCUUUUUUGUAGCAUGUUGAUGUUGCAGUCUCGCCAAGACGUGGAAAAAGCCGUGGAGUUAGUUACCGAAGCUCUAGAAAUUGAUAAAAAAUGUGACUUUGCGUAUGAAACACUGGCCACGCUGGAAGUUCAAAGGUAAGUUGUUAUCAUGUAACCACCUUUGUGGGUUACUUUUUACUUACUUUUUCCUUCCUAAUGGUUCUGUUUUCCGUUGUAGAUUGUUUACGCAGUUAUGUUCCGUCUUAAUAUUGUGUAGUUCUUUUUUUGUUUUGUUUUACCCUUUGACCCCUAGGAGUGACCAGCAUCUAAUUUCUCCUUACAAUAUCACCCCUGAAUCACACAUUAAGGUCACGAGAAUGAAGGAAAUGAUCAACAACUAAGGAAGCUCUCGGUUGUUGAACAAAUUCUCCUUGUCAGCACUUUAGGAAAUUGAUAGAGAACAGUGUGGAGAAAAUGCAUACUGAUAGUAAGGUAGAAAGGAUUAUGGUAUUGAGCGGUUGAUUUCUUUCUCCAGGGGAAACUUGGACAGAGCAAUCGACCUGUUUAACAAAGCGAUCGCACUGGUCAGGACAGAAGCCGAGUUGGCGCAGACAUUUUCCCUCAGAGAAGCUGCUAAAGCACAAAAAUACGUCACAGAAACACUGGGACUUACGCCACCUACUCUGCCUUUCUCGACUUAGGAACUUGUUUUGAACUGCACAACACAUCAAUUAAGCCUGAAUUUAUCUCCACUUUAGCGGUUGUUUGGUCGGCCAUGCAGCGUACAAUGUACUACCCACCCCACGGGAGAGAGUGUGAUGUUUGACGAGACCAAACACCAACUGAGGGAACUGAAUACAAAUCGAUGCCAAGCAACAAGAUGAAUAUUGUCGAUUUUCCUUUCGCGUGAAGGAAGUGAAAAUAGAAAAACUCCUUAGGGACAAAAUGAUUUUAAAGUAAGGGUGGUAUGUAGAGUUCAGAGGUGAAGAGGGGAGGCGGGAAGUUUCCAAAGAAACUGUGGUGCUGAGGGAACAUAACAAAAAAGAUUUGUUUUUAUCAACUGAGUUGACGUUGACUUGGCCACCCUUAAGAGUUUCUAAAGCUGACGUUUCGAGCAACAAGGGGCAAAGAAACGUCAGCUAUGGAAACUCUCAAAUGUAGCCAAUUUAUGUUAUCAAGUUAGUUAAUUAAAACCAAAUUAUCGAGUUCUAAGAUGCUGCGUUCUCCAUUUGAGCACAAAAAAUCGCAAGUGUUCACAAUUCCUCAAACAGGCUUGCAAAUUUUGUUGGUCGUGGGUCGUGUUUGCUCUAUUCACUGAGAUUUUGGAACCUCGAUAUUCCGGUUUCCAUCCUUCUUUUAUGAGUUAAAAAUAAACUGCAUCUUCAUGGUUUUAAAUCUGAGGCGCUUACUAACCAACAUGAUGUCCUAUCAUGAAUCAAGAAUCGGAGUUAGUCGAUCGGUUCUUCGGAGAUUCACAGAAAAAGGCGUUCGCUUGGAGACACGAUAACACUAUUCUUCCGUAGAAUUCCCAAUGGUGACAAAAUAAAUCUUAGCGUCUUCUGUUACAAGUACUUCCUUGUUCUUUGGGAAUUAAAUUUGAAAGGCAAAACGUGGAAAAGAUUUUUAACUCAAUUUUCAUUAACAGGAACGCGCUCUACCCCACGUGCAGUCUGAUUUUGUCUACGAGAGUAUUAACAUCCAGGGCAGAGCACUUUUUUCUCUGUUUUUUUUUUCCGGGG